UGGGCGCCGCGCGCUGAGGGUCUCCCAUGGGAUUGCUGGCACCUUGCUGGGUGAGAUGGCACUGUGUGCAAAAAAGCGCCCCCCAGAAGAAGAAAGGAGGGCGCGAGCCAAUGACCGAGAAUACAAUGAGAAAUUCCAGUAUGCGAGUAACUGCAUCAAGACCUCCAAGUACAACAUUCUUACCUUCCUGCCCGUCAACCUCUUUGAGCAGUUCCAGGAGGUUGCCAAUACCUACUUCCUGUUCCUUCUUAUUCUGCAGUUGAUCCCACAGGUGUCCUCCCUGUCCUGGUUCACCACCAUCGUGCCUUUGGUUCUCGUCCUCGCCAUCACAGCUGUUAAAGACGCCACUGAUGACUAUUUCCGCCACAAGAGUGAUAACCAGGUCAAUAACCGGCAGUCCCAAGUGCUGAUCAAUGGCAGCCUCCAGCAAGAGCCGUGGAUGAAUGUCUGUGUUGGCGAUAUUAUCAAGCUAGAAAAUAAUCAGUUUGUGGCGGCGGAUCUCCUCCUCCUUUCCAGCAGUGAGCCCCAUGGCCUGUGCUACAUAGAGACGGCAGAACUCGAUGGAGAGACCAACAUGAAAGUACGCCAGGCAAUCCCAGUCACCUCAGAGUUGGGAGACAUCAGUAGGCUCGCCAAGUUUGAUGUCGCCUCAGUUCACCUCCCGGCGGCGUGCGGAAGCCCCUGCCGGCCGUGUCUCGGCGUGAAGUCAGGCUGCAGACGGCGCCUGGAGUGGCGGCUUCCUGUCUCCCGCCCAGGUGAGGUGGUCUGCGAGCCUCCCAACAACAAGCUGGACAGGUUCAGCGGGACGCUCUACUGGAAGGAGAGCAAGUUCCCCCUGAGCAACCAGAACAUGCUGCUACGAGGCUGUGUGCUGCGGAACACCGAGUGGUGCUUCGGGCUGGUGGUGUUUGCGGGUCCUGACACGAAGCUGAUGCAGAACAGCGGCCGGACAAAGUUCAAGAGGACAAGUAUUGAUCGCCUGAUGAAUACGCUGGUGCUCUGGAUUUUUGGAUUCCUGGUCUGCAUGGGGGUGAUCCUGGCCAUUGGCAAUGCCAUCUGGGAGCAUGAGGUCGGGACGCGCUUCCAGGCCUACCUGCCCUGGGACGAGGCGGUGGACAGUGCCUUCUUCUCUGGCUUCCUCUCCUUCUGGUCCUACAUCAUCAUCCUCAACACCGUCGUGCCCAUAUCGCUCUACGUCAGCGUGGAGGUCAUCCGCCUGGGCCACAGCUAUUUCAUCAACUGGGACAAGAAGAUGUUCUGCGUGAAGAAGCGGACGCCCGCGGAGGCCCGCACCACCACCCUGAACGAGGAGCUGGGCCAGGUGGAGUACGUCUUCUCCGACAAGACGGGCACCCUCACCCAAAACAUCAUGGUCUUCAGCAAGUGUUCCAUCAGCGGCCGCAGCUACGGGGAUGUGUUCGAUGUCCUGGGACACAAAGCUGAACUGGGAGAGAGGCCAGAGCCUGUCGACUUCUCCUUCAACCCUCUGGCCGACAAGAAGUUCUUAUUUUGGGACCCCACCCUCUUGGAGGCCGUCAAGAUGGGGGACCCCCACACGCACGAGUUCUUCCGUCUCCUUUCUCUGUGUCAUACCGUCAUGUCCGAAGAAAAGAACGAAGGGGAGCUGUACUACAAAGCCCAGUCCCCGGAUGAGGGGGCCCUGGUCACUGCAGCCAGGAACUUCGGUUUUGUGUUCCGCUCUCGCACCCCCAAGACCAUCACUGUCCACGAGAUGGGCAUAGCUGUCACCUACCAGCUGCUGGCCAUCCUGGAUUUUAAUAAUAUCCGCAAGCGGAUGUCAGUCAUCGUACGGAAUCCGGAAGGGAGGAUUCGUCUCUACUGCAAAGGGGCUGACACGAUCCUGCUGGACAGACUACACCCCUCCACCCAGGAGCUGCUCAGCACCACCACUGACCACCUGAAUGAGUACGCAGGGGAAGGGCUGAGGACCCUGGUUCUGGCCUACAAGGAUCUGGACGAAGAGUACUAUGGGGAGUGGGCCCAGAGACGGCUCCAAGCCAGCCUGGCCCAGGACAGCCGGGAGGACAGGCUGGCCAGCGUGUACGAGGAGGUGGAGAACGACAUGGUGCUGCUGGGUGCGACAGCCAUUGAGGACAAGCUGCAACAGGGGGUUCCAGAGACCAUUGCCCUCCUGACGUUGGCCAACAUCAAGAUUUGGGUGCUGACCGGAGAUAAGCAGGAGACGGCCGUGAACAUCGGCUAUUCUUGCAAGAUGCUGACGGACGACAUGACAGAGGUGUUCGUCGUCACCGGCCACACGGUCCUGGAAGUGCGGGAGGAGCUCAGGAAAGCCCGGGAGAAGAUGAUGGACUCGCCCCACGCUGUGGGAAACGGCCUCCCCUGCCCGGAGAAGUGUUCUUCUGCCAAGCUCACUUCUGUCCUGGAGGCCGUUGCGGGGGAGUACGCCCUGGUCAUCAACGGGCACAGCCUGGCCCAUGCGCUGGAGGCGGACAUGGAGCUGGAGUUUCUGGAGACGGCCUGUGCCUGCAAAGCUGUCAUCUGCUGCCGUGUGACCCCGUUGCAGAAGGCGCAGGUGGUGGAGCUGGUUAAGAAGCACAAAAAAGCCGUGACGCUCGCCAUUGGGGACGGAGCCAACGAUGUCAGCAUGAUCAAGAUUCCUGCAGCGCCUCCUGCUGGUGCACGGGCGCUGGUCCUACCUGCGCAUGUGCAAGUUCCUGUGCUAUUUCUUCUACAAGAACUUCGCGUUCACCAUGGUCCACUUCUGGUUUGGCUUCUUCUGCGGCUUCUCCGCCCAGACCGUCUACGAUCAGUAUUUUAUCACGCUUUACAACAUCGUGUAUACCUCCCUCCCAGUCCUAGCCAUGGGGGUCUUCGACCAGGACGUGCCGGAGCAGCGGAGCAUGGAGUACCCCAAGCUGUACGAGCCCGGCCAGCUGAACCUUCUCUUCAACAAGCGGGAAUUCUUCAUCUGCAUCGCGCAGGGCAUUUACACGUCCGUGCUCAUGUUCUUCAUCCCCUACGGGGUCUUUGCCGAGGCGACGCGGGACGACGGCACCCAGUUGGCCGACUACCAGUCGUUCGCGGUCACUGUGGCGACGUCACUGGUCAUUGUGGUCAGCGUGCAGAUCGGGCUGGACACCGGCUACUGGACAGCCAUCAACCACUUCUUCAUCUGGGGCAGCCUGGCUGUCUACUUUGCCAUCCUCUUCGCCAUGCACAGCAACGGGCUUUUCGACAUGUUUCCAAACCAGUUCCGGUUUGUGGGCAACGCCCAGAACACCCUGGCCCAGCCCACCGUGUGGCUGACCAUCACCCUCACCACCGUCGUCUGCAUCAUGCCUGUGGUGGCCUUCCGCUUCCUCAAGCUGAGCCUGAAGCCCGACCUCUCCGACACGGUCCGCUACAGCCAGCUGGUGAGGAAGAAGCAGAAGGCCCAGCACCGCUGCCUGCGGCGCGUGGGGCGCACCGGUUCCCGCCGCUCGGGCUACGCCUUCUCGCACCAGGAGGGCUUCGGGGAGCUCAUCAUGUCCGGCAAGAACAUGCGGCUCAGCUCGCUGGCGCUGGCCGGCUUCGCCACGCGCUCCAGCUCCAGCUGGAUCGAGAGCCUGCGCAGGAAGAAGAGCGACAGCGCCAGCAGCCCCGGCGGAGGGGCCGAGAAGCCCCUCAGGGGCUGAGGGCUGCCGCCGGGGCGCCCGUGCCGGCGACCAGCACGCGGGGCGUCCGGCCACCGAGGGGACGGCUUCUCGGAGCUGUGGAACCCCGCGCCUCCCCGCGGACUCCGUCCCGCUGGCGUCUGUUCCGCUGGCCUCCGCAGUCCCGCUGGCCUCCCCGGUCCCGCUGGCCUCCGCGGCUGGGCCGGGCCCCAAGGGCGGAGCAGGGACGGGGGCACGGGGAGCCAGCCCCGGAGAGGGGCAGAUGUGGAACCAAAAACUGAACAAUAAGUCGAGAUUGGGUCUGCCCCUGCCCUGCUCGGAGCCCCCAGGGAGACUAUAAUCUCUGUAUUUUUUUACUCCCACUCCCCAGAGGGGCCGAGAGCCUCUGUUCCUGAAUUACACAAGAAUGUAUCAUGCCGGGAGCCAGAGAUCUGCUGGGGCCCACGGGCCCCUCACGUUGUGUAUGUCUCUCCUAGAUUUGUGUUUGUGUCCAGUUUGGUUUUGUGUUUUUUAUUUGGCAGGAGGAGGGGGCCUCUGACUUCUGUGUUGUGGGAAGAGGAGGCCGGCCCCCAGGAGUGCCCCCGCUGGCUGGGUGGGGUGGUUCCUCGGAACCCCGCUCGCUCAGGCUAGGCCUCCAGCUGCCGGGCCCUUGAGGGCUGCAAGGCUGGCCAGGGAGGGAGCACCUGUCAGCCCAAGGGGUCUGCAGAGCACGGAGGAGGAUUUGGUCCUGUCUGCUUCCUCACCUUGAGAGUGAAGUGCUACUUCCUCCCCUAACACAAAUCAGUUUCUGGGUCCGUAAGCCCUGCUGGUGUUGGGCUGGAGCCUGGGAGCGCAGUCCCGUCAUUCUCUGACCUAAAACUGGGUGUAAAAUGUAGUCCAAAAAAAGAGAUUCCUUUCUUUUUAAUUUGGAUCUGAGUUCAUUAGCAGAGUCCUGUCUGUCUUCCCUCCUCCUCCAUCAUCUAGCAUUUUCCUGUACCUACACCCAGGACCAGAGGCGGGGCUGGGAAGCUGGCCUCUGCUUCUCUCUUCUAGUACAGGAGGGGUCCCAGCCCUCCAGGCCCAGCAUCCAGCAAGAGGUGUGGAGAAGUAGGAGGGCGGGACUGGCCGCGAAGGGCCUGGGCGUGCCUGUCCUUCCUUCCCACCAUCCACACCCCAAAUCAGACUUCUCCCGGAUUAGUUGCUACCAGUUCAGUCUUGGUAGCAGAGGGGCUGCUAAGAGAUGGUGUGUGAGCUGGGAGGGGCACGCAGGUCUGACACACCCAGGGAGGUGGGCUGGGCAGCAGGCAAGGGGUGGGGAAGCUUGGCAGGGAAAUCCCUUUUGGCCACACAGUUUACAAACCCAACAUCAUGUCUGUUUGUGUGUCUCUCAAGCUGAGAGUCUGAUUUUUAUACCAAAGAGGAAAUGAUUUUUUUUCAUAUUUGAUUUGUCUAUAUUAUAUAAAUAUAUAUAUAAAUAUAUAUAUAUACAGUUAUAUAUAUUAUUUUUUUGGUUCUCUCUCGUUUUUUUAAGGAGGGAGGCAGUACCAAGUUGCGUUGAGCUGUAAUUAAGGAACAUUCUGUAUAAUUUAUGACACAUUUCUAUACUUGCAAGAAUUAUAUCAUUUUAUGAACAUAGAAAAAAAUGCCUUUUUAUAAAAUUCCAAUUUCUGAGAAGUGU